UUUGAUGAUCUGUUCCCAGUGUUAACAGGUGAGUCAUAAAUAUAAAAAACUGUACAGCAGAGAUUGCCAUGAAGGUAGAGAUUCAGGUUUCCAGGUUAUGGCUGCUCGUUAGACAAAACAGAAAGCAACAAGCAGGAUAGUACGUCGGACGUGGUCGUGUCUGCUGCUACAUUUUCAUUUUCUCUGGAAAGGUGAACGAAAUGGAAAGGAGUUGUUUCUUUGUAGCACUAUGCUGAGAUCCAGAGGCGCUUCCCCACCAUGCUGGAAAUGGGCUCCUGUUCGGUUAGCUCUCAGUCUCUGACAGGGAACCACAAUGCUAGAAGCCCAGGAGGGCCUGACUGUCCAGUGGGUGGUUUGGCUGUGGGGGCAAUGUGUGGUAGCAGCACCCCCCGGCACCACAUCAUCCGCCCAUCCCCAUCAGACUGCGAGAGCUGGCAGAAGCAUCGCACAGGACUGGCUGGAGGGUCAAAGCUGUAUUCUGAAUCCCACUCCCUCCUGGAGCCCGAAAGCCUCUCAGCCAGCUAUGACACCCUCUACCUCUCACACGUGUCUGGCCACGCUCCUCCUUUACACCCAAACCGUCUCGGUCUCACCCUUGAUGUGGUUUCCACUUUUGAUGUUGGAGUCGGGAUGCUUGGGGUGGAUGGAGAUAUGGCAGUCAGUCCUAAUGUGAUCAAGAGACGGCGGGGCGGACUGAUUGAGCAGAGAGACAUUGUUAAAGCCCACCAAGCUCAUAAGAUUCAGAGCACACCUCAGGCGCGACGCAAGGAGUGGGAAAUGGCCCGUUUCGGAGACGACGUCCCGGGCUUGUUGAGUUCAGGGGAUGGAGGGUCAGAGCGCAUCCGGAACCGCGAUGGCGCUGCCGUGUCUACAGGUGGUAUAUCUCCAGCCUUCAAGCAGACCAAAGCGCAGCGUGCCCGCACCAUGGCCUUGUACAACCCUAUUCCGGUCAGGGAGAACUGCUUCACCGUCAACAGGUCGCUCUUCAUCUUCGGCGAGGACAACGUGGUCAGGAAGUACGCCAAGAAAAUCACUGAGUGGCCUCCAUUUGAGUACAUGAUCCUCGCCACCAUCAUCGCCAACUGUAUCGUGUUGGCUUUGGAGCAGCACCUUCCCGGAGAGGACAAAACACCCAUGUCCAAACGACUGGAGAAGACAGAGCCCUACUUCAUAGGGAUGUUCUGUUUUGAGGCAGGCAUAAAAAUCAUCGCCCUGGGCUUUGUGUUUCAUAAAGGUUCUUACCUCAGGAAUGGGUGGAACGUCAUGGACUUCAUUGUGGUCCUUAGUGGGAUCCUGGCUGCAGCAGGGGCACAUAUGAACAUCUCAGUGGACUUGAGGACGUUGAGAGCUGUGCGAGUACUUCGACCUCUCAAGCUGGUCUCGGGCAUCCCCAGUCUGCAGAUAGUCUUGAAGUCUAUAAUGAAGGCCAUGGUUCCUCUGCUACAGAUUGGUCUGCUACUCUUUUUUGCGAUCCUCAUGUUCGCCAUCAUCGGUUUAGAGUUUUACAGCGGCAAACUCCACUACAGCUGCAUCCCGAAGCCUGGGAUCCUGGAAAAUGAGACUAUGGACUCAUCUGAGGUCGAGUUUCCGUGUGGCGUGCGUAAGUGUCCCGCCAAAUACACCUGCAACGAUACCUGGAUCGGGCCCAAUGAUGGCAUCACGCAGUUUGACAACAUCCUGUUUGCUGUACUCACCGUCUUCCAGUGUAUCACCAUGGAAGGAUGGACCACUGUACUCUACAAUACCGACGAUGCCUUGGGCCCCAGAUGGAACUGGCUUUACUUCAUCCCUCUAAUCAUCAUCGGCUCCUUUUUUGUCCUGAACCUGGUGUUGGGAGUCCUCUCUGGAGAAUUUGCCAAGGAGAGAGAGAGAGUUGAAAAUCGCAGAGCCUUCAUGAAGCUGAGACGCCAACAGCAGAUUGAGAGAGAGCUCAACGGCUAUCGGGCCUGGAUCGACAGAGCAGAGGAAGUUAUGCUUGCAGAGGAGAAUAAAAAUCCAGGACCUUCUGCCCUUGAUGCUCUCAGGAGGCUCCCAGAGUGGAGUACAGGUGGUGUCUAUGUGUUGAAGCGAGCCACCACCAUCAAGAGGAGAGGCAUGGAUGUGGUGCGUCAAGGGCAACCAGGGGAGGAACAAUAUGGUGACAUCUCCUCUGUGGGCAUCCCCAUGACCAGAACAAGUAUCCGGAGCACUAAGCGAGGUCCGACGGCAUAUUUCCGCCGUAAGGAACGUCUCCUGCGCAUCUCCAUCCGCCGCGUGGUGAAGACACAGACUUUCUACUGGACUGUGCUCGGCCUUGUGGCUCUCAACACGCUGUGUGUAGCCAUUGUUCACCAUAACCAACCCUUAUGGCUCUCCAACUUUCUCUACUAUGCAGAGUUUCUGUUCCUCGCUCUGUUCCUGACUGAGAUGCUCCUUAAGAUGUACAGCUUGGGCCCACGUCUUUAUUUCCACUCCUCCUUCAACUGCUUUGACUGCAGCGUAAUUGUUGGCAGCAUCUUUGAAGUGCUGUGGGGUUUCUUCAGGCCUGGCACUUCCUUUGGCAUCAGCGUCCUGCGUGCACUGCGUCUGCUGAGGAUCUUCAAGAUCACCAAGUACUGGGCGUCUCUGAGGAACCUGGUCGUCUCUCUGAUGAACUCCAUGAAGUCCAUCAUCUCCCUCAUAUUCCUUCUCUUUCUCUUCAUUGUUGUCUUUGCCCUCCUUGGCAUGCAGCUCUUUGGUGGAAGGUUCAUCUUUGAAGACUACACUCCGACAAACUUUGACACUUUCCCUGCAGCUAUCAUGACCGUCUUUCAGAUCCUUACCGGAGAGGACUGGAACGAGGUGAUGUACAAUGGUAUUCGCUCCCAAGGUGGAGUAAAGUCUGGCAUGUGGUCUUCUGUCUACUUUAUAGUUCUGACCCUUUUUGGAAACUACACUUUGCUUAAUGUCUUCUUGGCCAUUGCUGUGGAUAACCUUGCCAAUGCACAAGAGCUAACAAAGGAUGAAGAGGAAGCAGAGGCAGCGUUCAACCAGAAGCAUGCUCUGCAGAAGGCGAAGGAGGUUGGACCAUUGUCCUCCUUCAUGUCCUCAGAGGGAAGCCGCAGGAGGCGGCCCUAUCUGUACAGGAAACGAGCCAUUCACCGCAGCAGGCCUACCUAUGCCUGCUCCCUGGAGGAGGCCCGUGGCAGUGUCAGGGAGGGCCGCCCACCCCCACCACUCAACCCCUCUAACUCUUUCAUGUCCAGGAGAGAGAGAGGGAAGAGGAUGACCAUGUCAGUGUGGGAGCAGAGGACCAGCCAGCUGCGGAGACACCGCCAGAUGUCCAGCCGAGAGAUCCUGUUCAGUAGCCCCACCGAGGAGAAAGACGGUCCUCCUGCCUCGAGCCAGGCUCAUGUACGUCCACUUUCGCUGCACCGCAAGGCCAUGCAAACACCGUCAGGGAGUAUAAAGCAUCUGACAGAUCCCCUAGCUUCCCCAGCCAAGACCCAGCCUUCAGGCUCUUCCAUAUCUGUGGAUGUACCACUGGAUGCAGCACUGUCUGGUGACAUACCCGAAUCAGUGGAGCCAGAAUCAGCAGAUCCCACCGAUUCUGUGUUCAUGAACAUACCAGAUCCGCCUGAAUCAGUGCUCAUCCCUCAGAGCAAAAACCUGGAUGUUAAUCAGAGUCACAAACACGUCAGUGAGCGUCACAGCCCCAGAUUGAAUGGUGAGCGUCAACACAGAGCAGUAAAGAAGUUCAGACCUCCAGAUAAUGGGGAGGCACUGACUCCAGACGUGGGAGGUCGUGGUGGAAACAGGGGCAGGAAGGACUUGUAUCACUAUGACCAUCAGACCAAGACCAGAAGUCAGGGGUCUUCUCCUGCAAACGGAGGGCAGGCAGCAAGCUGCUCUGUCGUCGGGGACAAGAAGAGUAACCCUGGGAAAGCAGAAGAGCAUGCAGAAGAUGCUAAAAACAAGGAGGGAGAUGUCUCCAAACAUCAGGAGAGCAGACUGAGUGAUAAGAGUGCAGAAGGGGACAGCGCUCCAGCAGAUAACCAGAGCCACACUGGUGACCAGUGUCCCCAGAAGCAAGAAGAACCUCCUCAGCCUUCAGAGCCGCCUGCGCCUGCUGUCCCAGCGGACAACAAAGAAGAAACAGAGAUGCAGCAGGAACAGGAUAAAUCUCAGCUAAGCUCCAGUGUGAUCAUCGAGGUGCCCAAUGUGCAGUCAUCUCUCGAGCUCUCCACAAUCAAAGUCAACAGUAAGGACCCAGAACAGUGUAAGUCAGAGAAGGAGGAAUCAGAAGAGACGAAGCCGGCCAACUCUGUGAUCCCAGACAGCAUGUUCAUCUUCAAACCUGACAACCCUGUGCGUCGAGCGUGUCAUUAUGUGGUGAACCUCAGGUACUUUGAGAUGUCCAUCCUUCUGGUCAUUGCUGCUAGUAGCAUAGCACUGGCUGCUGAGGACCCUGUAGCCACCUCGUCGCACUGGAAUAAGGUUCUGCGCUAUUUUGACUACGUGUUCACUGGAGUCUUCACAUUUGAAAUGAUAAUAAAGAUGAUUGAUCAGGGUCUGAUCCUCCAUGAUGGCUCCUACUUCAGAGACCUGUGGAACAUGCUCGACUUUGUCGUGGUGGUGGGAGCGCUGGUGGCCUUCGCCCUCACCAAUGUGAUGGGAAAUAACAAAGGACGGGAUAUCAAAACCAUCAAAUCUCUGAGGGUGUUGCGCGUCCUCAGACCACUGAAGACCAUCAAGAGACUUCCUAAACUAAAGGCGGUGUUUGACUGCGUAGUGACGUCUCUAAAGAACGUCUUCAACAUCUUAAUCGUCUACAAGCUUUUUAUGUUCAUCUUUGCCGUCAUCGCUGUUCAGCUCUUCAAGGGGAAGUUUUUCUACUGCACCGACAGUUCGAAGGACACAGAGAAAGACUGCCAGGGUUACUAUAUUGACUACGGGAAAGACAAGAAAGAGGUGAAGAGAAGAGAGUGGAAGAGGCAUGAGUUUCACUACGACAACGUCAUCUGGGCGCUCCUUACUCUCUUCACGGUUUCCACUGGAGAGGGAUGGCCUCAGGUUCUGCAGCACUCUGUGGAUGUGACAGAAGAGGACAGAGGUCCGAGCCACGGCAACAGGAUGGAGAUGUCGAUCUUCUAUGUCAUCUACUUUGUCGUCUUCCCGUUCUUUUUCGUCAACAUUUUUGUGGCUCUCAUCAUCAUCACCUUCCAGGAGCAGGGAGAUAAGAUGAUGGAGGAGUGCAGCCUGGAGAAGAAUGAGAGGGCAUGCAUAGACUUUGCCAUCAGCGCCAAGCCCCUGACCCGAUACAUGCCGCAGAAUCGGCACACGUUCCAGUACCGUUUGUGGCAUUUCGUUGUGUCGCCUUCAUUCGAGUACACCGUCCUGGCCAUGAUUGCUCUCAACACUAUCGUGCUGAUGAUGAAGUAUUACUCUGCCCCGCCGGCGUACGAGGCUGUGCUGAAGCACCUGAACACGGCUUUCACUGUUCUCUUCUCUGUUGAGUGCAUCCUUAAGAUCUUGGCCUUUGGCUUUCUGAACUACUUUCGAGACACGUGGAACAUUUUUGACUUCAUCACCGUUUUGGGCAGCAUCACUGAGAUUGUUGUCGACCUGCAGUUUGUUGAUACGAUCAACAUGAGUUUCUUGAAGCUGUUCCGAGCAGCCCGUCUGAUUAAACUGCUAAGACAAGGCUACACCAUCCGUAUUCUGUUGUGGACCUUUGUUCAGUCCUUUAAGGCUUUGCCCUACGUCUGCCUGCUCAUUGCCAUGCUCUUCUUCAUCUAUGCCAUCAUUGGCAUGCAGGUGUUUGGGAACAUUAAGCUGAAUGAGGAGACGCACAUUAACCAGCACAACAACUUUAAAUCCUUCUCUGGUGCUCUGAUGCUGCUAUUCAGGAGUGCUACUGGGGAGUCGUGGCAGGAGAUCAUGUUGUCUUGUCUGGCAGGACAGAAGUGUGAAACGGACCCGUUGCUCCAAGCAGAUUCGACAGACCCAGAAGGGGGCUGUGGUUCCGACUUUGCCUAUUUCUACUUUGUUUCAUUCAUCUUUUUUAGCUCCUUCCUGAUGCUGAAUCUGUUUGUGGCUGUAAUCAUGGAUAAUUUUGAGUAUCUCACCCGAGACUCGUCCAUCCUGGGUCCCCACCACCUAGAUGAGUUUGUUCGAAUCUGGGGGGAGUACGAUCGAGCUGCCUGUGGUCGUAUCCAUUACACUGACAUGUAUGAGAUGUUGACCAACAUGUCACCACCUCUAGGCCUGGGCAAGAAAUGCCCCUCCAAGGUGGCAUAUAAGAGACUAGUCCUGAUGAACAUGCCUGUGGACGAUGACAUGACGGUCCACUUCACCUCCACCCUGAUGGCGCUCAUCCGCACUGCCCUUGAAGUCAAGAUAGCCAGAGGAGGGGAAGAUAGGAAUCAGAUGGAUUUGGAUCUGCAGAAGGAGAUUAGUGUGAUCUGGCCUCAUCUCUCUCAGAAGACGCUGGACCUACUGGUUCCAAUUCACAAAGCCAGUGACAUGACCAUAGGUAAGAUCUAUGCUGCCAUGAUGAUCAUGGACUAUUACAAGCAGAGCAAAGCCAAGAAGCUUCGACAGCAGCUGGAGGAACAGAAACACGCUCCUAUGUUCCAGCGUAUGGAUGCUUCCUCUCUUCCACAAGAAAUCCUAUGCAAUGCCAAAUCCCUCUCAUUCCUAAGGCAUAGUGCUGGAUCUGCUCUUACCAGAGGAGGUUUUGUGGCACUCAGCCCCAUCUCUCCCCAAGAGAUGUUCCUGCAACCGCUGUCCCGCCCCAGAGAGGAGAAAGAGGAAGACGAUGAAGAUGAUUACCAUUCACCCUACCACCCCUACCGCAUUCACCACCACCAUCAUCAUCUACACACACUGGUCCCAGAGGUAGUAGAGUAUAACCAAGUGAUGCAGCAGGCCCGGCAGGACCCAGCGCUAAUGAAAUCACCUCAGCGUACAGCAUCUAUCAGAGCGUCGUCCAUGCCCAGGCUGGCUGCUGAUCCUCAGCCUGGGAUGUCUGCAGACAGUAAGCUGAUGAAGCGCUCCUUCUCUACCAUUGGAGACCAGUGUGUGAACGGCCUCUGGCAGGAACAGCACUCUCUGGAGAGGAUCAGCCCUGAUGCCACAUACAGGCCCCGACAGAGGAGCUACAGAGGUCCUAGAAUCAACCACAAAGAAACAAUUAGUCACGAGAGAGGGCGAUCCAAGGAGCGCCGCCACCUGCUGUCCCCUGAUGUGUCGCGCUGCAACUCUGAGGAGCGGAGUCGAGACCCUUCGUGUGAAAGGAGAAGGUCCCGCUCACCUAGCGAAGGACGUACACAUACCUUACAGAAACAGGUGAACACAUCAGACAGCCCUGCCCACUCAACCUCAGAGUCUGGUACUCCUCGUAAUCGCCGCCAAUUGCCCCAGACUCCCUCUCGCCCACGGCCUUACAUCUCCUACUCUCCUCUCGUCUGCCGAACCCAAACCUCUUCCACAACAGCAGCAGCCGCAGCCUCCAAUGAGGGACAGAGCCAGCCUCAGGACACUCCUGCUGGCCCCACAGAGGCCUCACUGGGGGUUGACAAGGAGAGCAGGCCUUUAUCUGCAGUCCAGGGGUCAUCCGGAGUUCACGUUUCAGGACCGAGCCACCCCUCUCCUCAUCGUUACAUAUCGGAGCCCUACCUCCCGUUCCACGAGGACCUAAGCAGUGGCGAAGCAAGCGAGAGGCAGGACACGCUUACCUUUGAGACUGCCGUGGCCACCAGCCUAGGUCGGGCCAAUGCCAUAAGCUCGGCUCCUCAGCUCAGACACUCCUGGCAGGUCCCUAAUGGGCAUUUCCGAAAGCACUUGGGCCAGACAAGUCCAGCUGGCGCCAGCGAGCUUUUAAGUGACACAGACGAGGAUGAUCGCUGCUAAAAACAACAAAAAAAUGAGAGAGAAAGACCAAGAGGAUGCACAGAGGAACUGGGCACCUCAGAACAGCCCACGUGGCACCACAACGCUUUAGCUCCACAGUGGCCCCGAGAACCCGAUGUUCUCAGCGCCAGUAGCAUUACGAGCAGGACUCAGUCCCACUGCUGUUUAUCUGGAUGCUGGUGUCUGUCUGCACGUGUCCUCGUGUCCGUUUGUUGUAGCUGGAGGAGACUACAUGUGUGGACACGGAUGUGAUUUCUGUGUGUGCGCUCUUAAUAGAGAUUUUUUUUGCCAAAUCACGAAAACAGCAGAGACUGAAAAUACCAUUAGUAGCUCACUGCGGGCAAACCCACAUGUUGCCAAGCCUUCCCACGCAACUUUGUGUUUUGAGUGUUAUUUGAACAAAAUAUGGUGAGAUGUGGAAAUCUUCUAGCUGAAUCCAAGACACUGAUUUAAGUGCAUUUUCUGUAAGUGAAGCUUGAGGUAGCAUGUAAACAUGUAAUAAGAUGAAUGUAUUUUAGUUUCAUGUUCAGGUCGUUUGGGGAGGUUGCUGUUAGUCCGUGCAUUGUUGUGCAUUGAAACAAAAAGAUUUUUUUGGCAAGAUUUUGUCAGUUUAUAACGGGCAGCCAGCCAUUCCCAACAGUUCCUGUUUACAGCAGAUUAUCCACAAGAUUCAUGGGCAUUAAUCAAUCAAUACAGAAAAUCAAGUACCAGAUGUUUAGUGAACUGAACAGCUGUAACAGAGUUAUUUUUUUGCCACAAUCUCAAAGCAACAGUAGUGUAUAUGAAGGUGGAGUAUAGUCCAGGGUUGUGUGCAAAAAGAUGAUGAGCAGAUCACACAAUAAGAGAGGUUUUGUCUCAGGAUACCGGACCAUUGCAUUCUGAAAUCCUCUGCAGAAAAACACUCGCUCGGGAUCUAAAAUGAAAUCAGAAGGACUUUAAGUGACUCUUUACUCUACGGGUCAGUCAACAUAGUAAGAUCAUGACUAACAUAAGAACUGAACAGAUCCUAUCGUGUCCAUCUGCUCCGUUUGUGGACCACAAAAUCCUUGGCAUGAGGACAGCCAUCCAUAGGACAGAUAGCCUGGGUGUUGUUACUAUAUGAAGCCAAAUGGAUGUUCAGUUUCCACAUGUCUGUGCUGAAUAACCACUGCUGAUGUGUUAGAGAUGUGACAAAAGCCAUGUUCCUCCUGUACAUAGAGCCGGGGAUGUGUCCUCUUCGGGGCGGGUUUUCUUCUUUCGUGUAAUGACAGAAGUGAUGGGAACUUGAUGUCUUUUAUACAUGUGAUGCAACAUGAAUGCUUCAACAAAAGACCAACCAAAGCUACUGUUUGGUUAGUCUCUCUGUUAACUGCCACAUCACUCCCACCGCAUCACUUUCUGUCAGUAAAAAACAAACAAAAAGCAGGCAUUUCAGUGUUUUCAUGCUUCAGAGUUCUAGUAAUUUACACAUGCAUGAUCACGGUGACAGCGAUAAUGAGAGACGGGUGAGAGAGCGGUGUCCUAUAGCCGCCUGAUUAUUUUUGUUUUAGUGUGCCCAUGAUGUUAACUGAGAUUCAUUUUGCCAACAAUGUGAUUAUGAAACAAAGCAGAGAAAUGUUUAUUCCCGGCAUUCCCUCUGCAACAUUCCAAAAUUAUAGAUGAUUUGUCGUUCCCUCUAAAUGAGAUGUAUAUUUAUAUCAUGUGUUGUUGUGUUGUUAUAAUAUGUUGAGUUUGAAAUGUGAAAACGGGAUUUAUCUGAGGGGUCAAAGUCACCUGCUGACGACCUGAACCUAAAGUCCCGCCAUGAAGAAACGGUGUAAUUUAGCAACAAUACCACCUUUGAAGUGUGCUGACUGCAAGACUUGAGUUAUACAGUGUACCAGUUAGAUUACCUGUAGUCUAUAAGGCCAUGCUUAGCAUGUACAGUGCAGCCUAGGACUUCACCUUACUGUCUGUCUGUACAGAAGAGCCUAAUCUGUGCCUGGGGAAGACUCACCCAAAGAGUUCCCUGUCAAGCCUGGAUUUCUUAGAUAGAGAAGCUUUCUGGUAAAUAUGUAGUAUAAACUGUACAAAAUAAAUUCAUGUUUAAUUUA